ACGCGGCGUCCAAUCUGUCGGUGGCGACUGGUGGAGACCCGAGUGGCAGCGUUUCCGGUUGUCUGUCCUCGCUUCGGCCCGUAAACAUGUCGGGAUUCAGUCCGGAGCUUAUCGACUAUCUGGAAGGGAAAAUCUCCUUUGAAGAGUUUGAAAGACGGAGAGAAGAGAGAAAAACCCGGGAGAAGAAAAGCCUUCAGGAAAAAGGAAAAUCAUCCCUUGAAGAAAAUCCAGAUGAUUCUGAAGUUCCAUCAUCAUCAGGAAUUGACGCUACUAAAUCCCAGGACAAAGAUGCCAAUGAAGGAGAAACGUCAGAUGGAGUGAGUAAAUCAGUUCAUAAAGUCUUUGCUUCCAUGCUUGGAGAGACUGAAGAUGAUGAUGAAGAAGAGGAAGAAGAAGAGGAGGAGGAGGAAACACCUGAACAGCCCACUGCAGGCGAUGUAUUUGUGUUGGAGAUGGUUCUCAAUCGUGAAACAAAAAAAAUGAUGAAAGAGAAAAGGCCUCGGAGUAAGCUUCCCAGAGCUCUGAGAGGGCUCAUGGGUGAAGCUAAUAUUCGCUUUGCUCGGGGAGAACAUGAAGAAGCAAUAUUGAUGUGCAUGGAAAUCAUAAGACAAGCUCCUUUGGCUUAUGAACCAUUCUCUACUCUUGCCAUGAUCUAUGAGGACCAAGGUGACAUGGAGAAAUCAUUGCAGUUUGAAUUGAUUGCUGCACAUUUAAAUCCCAGUGACACAGAAGAAUGGGUUAGACUGGCAGAAAUGUCUCUGGAACAAGAUAAUAUUAAGCAAGCUAUUUUUUGCUAUACUAAAGCUCUUAAAUAUGAACCUACUAAUGUCCGUUACUUGUGGGAGAGAUCAAGCCUUUAUGAACAGAUGGGCGAUCAUAAAAUGGCCAUGGAUGGUUAUAGGCGUAUUUUAAAUCUUCUGUCUCCAUCUGAUGGAGAACGUUUUAUGCAGUUGGCUAGAGAUAUGGCAAAGAGUUAUUAUGAAGCCAAUGAUAGUACUUCAGCUAUAAACAUAAUUGAAGAAGCUUUCUCAAAGCACCAAGGCCUGGUCUCCAUGGAAGAUGUUAACAUAGCAGCUGAAUUAUAUAUUUCCAACAAGCAGUAUGACAAAGCUUUGGAGGUAAUUACAGAUUUUUCUGGAAUUAUCCUAGAAAAGGAGACUUUGGAAGAAGGCACCUCAGAAGAGAAUAAAGCUGGUGAAACUGUUACCUGCUCCAUACCUGAUAGUGUGCCAAUAGAUAUUACAGUGAAGUUAAUGGUCUGCCUGGUACAUCUCAACAUCCUUGAACCACUUAAUCCUCUCUUGACAACACUGGUGGAACAGAAUCCUGAAGAUAUGGGAGAUCUCUAUCUAGAUGUUGCUGAAGCGUUCCUGGAUGUUGGUGAAUAUAAUUCUGCACUUCCCCUCCUCAGUGCACUGGUUUGCUCGGAAAGAUACAACCUUGCAGUAGUUUGGCUUCGGCAUGCAGAAUGUUUAAAGGCCUUAGGCUACAUGGAACGUGCAGCUGAAAGCUACAGUAAAGUGGUUGAUCUGGCCCCACUACAUUUGGAUGCAAGAAUUUCACUUUCCAUCCUUCAGCAGCAGUUGGGCCGUCCUGAGAAAGCUCUGGAAGCUUUGGAACCAAUGUAUGACCCAGAUACUUUAGCACAGGAUGCAAAUGCUGCACAGCAGGAACUGAAGUUACUGCUUCAUCGUUCUACUCUGUUGUUUUCACAAGGCAAAAUGUAUGGCUAUCUGGAUACUUUACUAACUAUGUUGGCCAUGCUUUUAAAGGUUGCUAUGAAUAGAGCCCAGGUUUGUUUGAUAUCCAGUUCCAAAUCUGGAGAGAGGCACCUCUACCUUAUUAAAGUAUCAAGAGACAAAAUAUCAGACAACAAUGACCAAGAGACAUCAAAUUAUGAUGCAAAAGCAAUAUUUGCUGUACUCACAAGUGUACUGCCAAAAGAGGACUGGUGGAACCUUCUCUUGAAGGCCAUAUACACCUUGAGUGACCUGUCCCGAUUUCAAGAGGCUGAAUUACUUGUAGAUUCUUCAUUGGAGUAUUAUUCAUUUUAUGAUGACAGACAAAAACGCAAAGAACUAGAAUACUUUGGCCUAUCUGCUGCAAUUCUGGACAAAAAUUUCAGAAAGGCAUAUGACUACAUCAGGGUAAUGGUAAUGGAAAAUGUCAAUAAGCCCCAGCUGUGGAAUAUUUUCAAUCAAGUUACCAUGCACUCCCAAGAAGUUCGGCAUCAUCGCUUCUGUCUCCGUCUGAUGCUGAAAAACCCAGAUAAUCAUGCUUUAUGUGUUUUAAAUGGGCACAAUGCAUUUGUAUCUGGUAGCUUCAAGCAUGCGCUUGGACAGUAUGUGCAAGCCUUUCGUGCCUGUCCCAACGAACCUCUCUAUAACCUCUGUAUAGGCCUGACCUUUAUUCACAUGGCAUCUCAGAAGUAUGUAUUAAAGAGACAUGCUCUUACUGUGCAGGGCUUUUCCUUCCUUAAUCGAUACCUCAGCAUACGUGGACCUUGCCAGGAAUCAUUCUACAAUUUGGGACGUGGCCUUCAUCAAUUGGGGCUGACUCAUCUUGCAAUCCAUUAUUACCAGAAGGCUCUGGCGCUCCCUCCACUUGUGGUAGAGGGCAUAGAAGUUGACCAGCUAGACCUACGAAGAGAUAUUGCCUACAACAUGUGUCUCAUUUAUCAGAGUAGCGGGAAUACUGCAAUGGCGCAAAAGCUUUUGUACACCUACUGUGUUAUAUGAAACUCCUCAGCUGAGAAAGGUGCCUAGACAGCUCGUGGUGGACCGGUAUCUUCUGCUGAGAGUUUAUUAUUAUUAAUACAUGAGUCCUUUGGUAGUGUAUCAUUGCCAGCCCAGCUCCCCUUACAAUGGCAGCUUUGAAGUUGGGGAUGUGGUCAGUGGUACAGUGCUUCCUUAGCAUGCACAACCUUCAAUUCAAUACAUAGCACUGCAGAAAGCCAGAACUACUGUUUGUAUCUUUUGGUGUAUGUGCAAAAUGACUAUUCCUAUGAGAAUUGACAUACAUUCUGUCAUUUUCCUUUAGUGUUCUAUAGUAAAAUUAUUCCAAUGCCAAAGUGGACAAUAUCCGCUUCUGAGUCAGCAUGGAAUGGAACAUAUUUUUCCAUUUAAUACUAUAUAUUAAGUACCCAUGUACGAGGUAUUUUGGAUAGGUGCUGGGACUAUUGUAUGAUGGAUAUGCUUGCCCUUGUGACAUUUAAAGAGUACAUUACUGACUGCUGAGAUAAUCACUACUGAGUACAGGUCUUUAUGUAUUUAUUUCUUGUGCUGUGAAUUGAACCUAGGGCCUUAUACCAUACUGGGCAUAUGCUUUGCCAGUGAGCUACAGCCCCAGCCUUACAGUUCUUUAAAUACAAAGCAUGAGCAUGUAUUUCUUUGAAAGUGUUUGUUACACUUCUGUAUACAGCCUCAGUGUUGUCCAUUCAUUUCUUAGAGCUCUGUUACUACUACAUGAGGCAAUUUUUCAAAUAUAGAGCUUAGGAGGGUACUUAUUAAAGGAUAGACAAAUUUGGGCUUUUAUGUUAAGACAAUUGCUUAAAAUUAGUACCAAAUAAAAUUAUUUAAAAUGAUUAUUUGGUGGGAAAACAAAUAGUUGAUGUAAUAUUUCAUUUUUCAUUUAUAAGUGUCAUACAGAUGGUAAGACUGGGAACUGGGCAUAAUUUACAGCAAAAAGACUGCAUUAAAAUGUGCAGCUUCCCAACAUAAGACAGAAAAUAUGAUGUGGUUUCCAUUUUAAGGUCACUAACAAUGUAUGAAAGAUUGGGAAGUUAGAUAUGGAAUAAAGUGUUGGUAAUAAAAGUUUUAAAAGUAAGAUACUUCAUUGUAUAUAAAAAAAUCACAAUUGGGGACUCUGACAUCCCUAUUUCAGCAGUGGACAGAUCAUCUAAACAAAACUAACAGACAUUUUCUAGCAGUACCAUUGGUUCAAUGGUUUGUUUUUUUUUUUUUUUUUUUUUUUUAAAGUGGAAAACAAAUGACAUAACCAGUCCAAUUGUAGGAAGGAAACAAGUGUGAGACUUAGUACCAUAAAAUACAGUGGAGACAUUUCAUGACUUCUUACCACUGUUUAUACUGCAUUUAUAACUUUCUAGUUGAGAAGCAGAAUUUGAAAUAAGUAAAUGUAUCUUGUAUUCUGAAUAUUACUAUACAUAAUAAAAUUUAUUUUUAUAGCUGA